AUGCAGCUUCUACAACCCAUCGCCCUGCUCUCGGCAGCGGCGACAGCAACCGCCGCCUCGUGUGCAUGCUCCGCCGAAACACUGCCAUUCACCCCUGGCGAGCUAAGCGGGGACCAAUUCACACCCACCACCAACAGGCGGUACCGGGUCCACCUGCCCAAAUCUUACCAGCAGUCCAAGAAGACACCCAUAAUUUUUUCUUACCACGGCGCCGGCGGCACCAUUGAGAAGCAGGUCAAACUGGACGGCUUUACGGAUCUUUUUCGCAACGACAAAUACAUUGUGGUUUACCUGCAGGCCGCCACCCCGGAGGGCACCGACAAGUCGCAGUGGCAGGUCGCACCCCAGGCCAGGGAUAUUGACGACCUGGGCUUCACCAGCGACGUGCUGCGGAUACUCGGGGACAAGCUGUGUCUGGACAAGAAGCGGGUGUACGCAGCCGGCAAGUCGCAGGGCGGCGGGUUCAUUGGGCAGAAGCUGGCGUGUGACAAGGGCCUCAGCAAGCAGUUUGCCGCUUUUGCUCCUGUCAGUGGCGCGUAUUACAUCCUCGACCAAUCCAAGAAGACCUGCGAGCCGACAGCCGACGUCCCCAUCCCCUGCGACACGGAACGCACCGACACGCCCAUCCUGGCGUUUCACGGCGGUGCCGACGAAACUAUACCGUACAUUGGCGAGUACCGAGCUGGAACAAAGAGCUGCCUGCCUGACAUCAGGCACUGGGUGAGGGAGUGGGCAUUUAGGGACGGGCUCAAGGGCACGCAGGACAACUCUACGAUAGAAGGGAGUCAAAACGGGGUCAAGAGCGCCUGGAAGGAUGAGAGGGUCACGUUGUUCUAUGAUGGUGAUAACAUUGGGCACGACUGGCCAAGUCUAGUUGAGAACUCUGACAAUGCUGGAGGGCCAACGGCUGCUUUCAACGCGUCAGAUGUCAUUCUGGAGUGGUUUGGGAAGUGGUCUCUGCCUUGA